AUGGCCCCACACAUGCCCACACACAUGCCGUUCACAGGUCAGGAAGAUCUUCAGAAAUGUAUGCUGAUGUCAGUGAGCCUGAACAUGCUGAAAGUAGAAAUUCAAGACAUGUCUACUAAUGUGAUCAACUUACGGGAAGUUGCAGCUCAGCUCAAAUGCAGUUUCAACAGACUCAACAACAAUACUCAGGAUCAGUGUUGUCCACUGCAGUGGACACUCUACUCUUCCCACUGUUAUUAUUUCUCCGAUUACGGCAUGUCCUGGCACCAAGCUCAAGAUGAGUGUGAGAGCAUGAAGGGGCAGCUGCUGGUGCUGAACAGCAAAAAGGAGAAGGUCAGUGUUUAUGAACGAGGCAAAACAACCAAACACUUAUCAGCAGUGUUUAUGAACGAGGCAAAACAACCAAACACUUAUCAGCACAGUGAAUGGAUGCCUGGCCAGCCUGAUAACUGGGAGGCUCAUGGUUUGGGUGGAGGGGAAGACUGUGCUCACUUCCACAGAGACGGCAGAUACAACGAUGACCACUGCUCUCGUGACUAUCGUUUUGUCUGCAAAUCCCACGCAAUCACAUCUGAUCAGUGA